GCGGAUCCCAGCACCUUGGCAACGAUCACCCGGAAGGUUGUUCUCGUAACCGGAGCCAACAGGUGACUUUAGAGACAGGGUGUGGUGCAGGUAAUGUCCCAGGUCCCUGGGUCACUGCACAUUCAAGCUUCAUGUCCAUUCCAAUGUCCGGGGAGCAAGAUGGUCGAUGGCUGAAGUGGGUAUUGUGGAAGGAUGAGGUCAAAUGGGCAGAAAGGAUCUUCUUCAUCCCAAUGCUCCUGUUUGGAAGAACCUAAUAUGCUUUCAGUGAAGAACUAGAGAUAUAAUAAAGGAGUAAUUUGCAGGGGUACGGGGAAAGAGCGGCAUUGGCCUGGCUCUUUGUGAGCGCCUGCUGGCCGAGGAUGGAGAGAUACACUUGUGCUUGGCCUGUCGGAACAUGCAGCGAGCGGAGGCUGCCAAGGCAGCGCUUCUCCUGUCACAUCCUGGCUCUGACAUUAACCUGCUGAGGGUGGAUGUCGGGAAUAUAAAAUCCGUGAUCGAAGCAGCGCAGGAGAUAAUGCAGAGGUAUCAGCGUUUGGAUUAUCUGUACCUGAAUGCUGGGAUUAUGCCCAAUCCUCGCAUCAAUUUGAAAGCCUUCAUCAAUGGUCUGUUUUCCAGCAAAGUUAUCAGUAUGUUUGCCACAGGGGAAGGAUUACUUACCCAGGAAGACUGGGUCACAGAUGAUGGACUGCAGCAGGUCUUCAUGACCAACGUCUUUGGACAUUUUUUGCUGAUACGUGGCCUAGAACCUUUAUUGGGUCAGCCUGGGUGUCCGUCGCAAGUAAUUUGGACAUCUUCCAACAACGCAAGGAAAUCUGCCUUCAGUCUAACUGACUACCAGCAUGGUCAUGGCCAGGAAUCCUACAGUUCAUCCAAAUAUGCAACUGAUCUGCUCAGUGUAGCCUUGAACAAACACUACAAUAGCCAGGGCCUGUUUUCCAGUGUGAUAUGUCCAGGCCUCGUGUUGACUAAUUUGACCUACGGCAUCCUACAUCCAUUCAUCUGGACUUUACUUAUGCCCAUUAUGUGGCUGAUUCGAGUCUUCACAAACUCAUUCACCCUCAAUACCCAGAAUGGAACAGAGGCACUGGUUUGGUUGUUCAAACAGAAACCAGAGUCAUUGGACCCCUUGGUGAAGUACCACAGCUGCACAUCUGGAUUCGGGAAUAAUUAUGUAGUCCCAAGGAAGAUGGACCUUGACAUUGAAACAGCUGAAGCAUUUUAUAAGAAAUUGUUAGAACUGGAACAAAACACGAAGAAAAAUGAUGGCGUGACUGAAAACUACAGAUAGCUUAUUAAAAUACAAUAUCAAUAGUUUAUUCAACAAGCUCUCUUUGUGAAACAUACUGUUGCAAAGCUGAAGUUUAUCUUAAGAUGACAUUACAUAUGUCUAAGCACUGGUAUAAACUUUUUGACUCUGGGAUCAAUUUUCCCUUGAUUUAAAAAUAGCUAAAAUAUUUCAAGAUAAAAGAGUAUUUUAUUGUAAAGCUUUAUUGCUGUUAGUAGGUAGCAUUAUUCCACUGCAGUGGCAGAAUUGCUGUACAUAAGUGCUAUUGAGAUUUAUUUCUCAGUAACAAAUCAUGUUUUACUAUAUGUCUCAACCACAUUCUUGGGAUGAGAUCAGUUUGUCCUGUACUUGUCUGUGAGAUGACUAUUGAUUCAGCAUCUCCAAUCAAGUGCUUUCUUGUGGAUUUUAGAUGUUGCAAACUAAAAUGUACAAAUAGACUAAACCUCAUAAAUGCAUGUAAACUUUCCUUAUGCUGGAAGCGUGUUUUCAGUAUUCAUGGUGCACCAAAGUAUAACAAACUUUAAAUUCCACUGUGUUUGUGGAUAGUCUCCGGUGACCCACACAAAGAGAGGAGAUAAACAGACAGUUCUCUCCUAACCCAUAUUAACACGGGUCAAUCUUUUAUAAUGAUUAUGUUAUAAAAUGUAAAUAAUUUACCUUGUUGAGUCCACCUAUAUGUGUAGUCUUUAGAGGUGGGCGGCAGACGGGGAGUAGCUGAACGAUGGUCAAAGGGAUUAUCCUUUGUUUUUUCUGAAGUAUUUUACUUCAGGUUGUCUACCGGGUUAGUCAAUUUAUUUCCAGCAGAUUGACGAUCGCAGCCAAAUGUGCUCUUUCUACAUCAAGUCAACAGGAGGAGCCCUAAAUUUUCUCUUACCUAACCCAAGGUAUAGGGUAAAUUAUCUUGCUCCCUACUGCCUCCCCGGCUGUAAUGGAUUUGCAGAGUGCUCGUGCUUGUAGUUUAUUAUUUUAAAAGGUUUGGUGAACAAUUCCAACUUCUUUUCAGUGUAGAUCAAAUUCAAUAACUCUGAAUUUGGCCUCACUUGGCAGCUGCACAUUACACAUUAAUUUCAAGGACGUCAAAUCACAGGCGUUUUUUCUCUUAUACACUGAAGUUAAUGUGUUGAGAAAUUAGGACAACAAAUCAUUGGUGCUCAGUAACUUCAAUUGUUUCGGCAGUAAGACUAAACCAUGUUGUAAACAUCAGGAAACGAUUGCACAAAGAAGCAGAGUUGGACGAGCUUUGUUGUACAAAACACAUCCUAACUACCAUUUCAUUUGCUGUAAUUUGAUUCCCUUUCAGCAAUUUACUAAUCUGGUUUAACUGUAAUUUAUUUCAGACUAAAUAAAGCAAAUGCAGCAACGUUUUUAUUUAGAAAUACACUAUUGAAUACUACAGUUCAUUCUACAGUCAAUCCUGUGAAGCACUUUAAGAGGUUUUGACGAGUGUACAAAAACACCACGUCAAUUGCAAGGAUUAUUAUUCUAGCCAAAUAGGAACAGCUCCAGGCUGUAUAUCUUUCACAUAACAGGUGUCAUCAAAGUGUUGGAGGAAGGAAGCAGUCCAAAAACGAGAGUGUCUGCAAAGCAGUAAAACUAGUAUUAUUUUGUGAUUGAUAGUAAAAUGUCUUUCUUCAUUCCAUUAAAGACAGCUUCCCCGAUCCUGUUAUGUUUUGCUCCUGCUCCCUUCCUGGUUGAGGGAGAAUAUUUCUUACUACAGUAAUAAAAGUAACAUUUUCCAACAUAAUGAAAGUGAAACCACUGUAAA